GGGUGUGAUGGUGGUGGUAAUGUUGGGUAUUUGGGAAGUGAGGAUGGUCAGUGCAGCACCGAGUGCAGCAGAGUGUAAGGAGGAGAGGAGGCUUGGGAUUAAUGCAUGCCAGCCAGUACUGUAUGGGAAGGAUCCCUCAUCCGCUUGUUGCGAGAGGGCAAGGGUCACCCAUCUUGAGUGUGUGUGCCCUGUGAUUACUCCGAAGGUGGCUGCCCUUAUACCCGACAUCAACCGACUGGUGAGGCUCAUUCAAGGUUGUGGAAGGAACGUCCCUAGGCACUACAAAUGUGGGAGUAUUACUACUCCAUGAAAUUAAGAUCUUUGAGCGUGUUUGGUUUGCUGCAUAUGGAGAGAGAUAUCUAUAUAUAUAUAUAUAUAUAUAGGAUAGAGUGCAAAAGGUUGUGUUAUAGGUUUGAUAGAGGUGUGCUGCAUCAGACGCCAUACAACAGUCGUAGGUGUCCCAGAUGUCAUUAAUUAAUUAUAGUAAUAUGGUGUAUGGAAUAAUGGAAGGUCUGGAUACGUCCACGAGGUGUGUGCUAAACGUUAUAAUAAAAUAUUGUUUGUGUUGAUCAAA